AUGGGGAACUUCAGAAUACAAAUAAUCCAGGUUUAUAUUCCUGCUGUGUUGAGGUUAGUGGGACAAAUUAUGCUAAAUAAUCUGUUAAAUUCCUGUGCUUUUUCAAAUGUCCCAAAAAGAUUUUCCUUAAAAACGAUGUCUACUUUGGUGUAUCGUAACAAAAACCCAAGAAAUCUUGAACUUCUUGGUCUAGCACCGAAAACGAAAGGUUGGGAAUUUCAAGCUCCACGAAAAGACUUUUGGAAUAAAGUAGUCUUAAAUAGAGAACCUCAUAAUACAACAGGUCUUGUUGUUCAUGCUUCUUCAAAAGUGCUGAUCUCUGCUUCAACUAAAGAAGUUAGCAUCAGAAAACAUUUAUAUAGUUGUAUUGAUGUUUCAGCUGCAGAAAAUGUUGGAAGAGUUUUGGCCUUAAGAUGUCACCAAUGUGGUUUCACCGAGUUAUUUUCAGAAACGAGCGAGAUAUAUAAAGAAAACGAAAGCACUAGAGCUUUCUACGAGUCCUUGUUGAAUGGUGGUAUACAACUGAAGGAGACACCACCUAUUGAAGAGUUGGAUGCCAUUGGGAUAGAUUAUGACAGUAUGUCAGAUGAAGAAAAACGUGCUAUGUAUCCGAGCCUUAUUGAAACACUUCGUACUACACCCGACUGGGAUAACAUUCCUCAUCCGUAUUCACUUAGACCUAGAGCAGGUUCAUAUAAACUAAAAAGUCGUUAUCAAAUUCUUUCAAAAAUCCGUCAAGGUAUGGUAUGGGAUCCAUAUUACUCGAGAAUGGUCCAUCCACAAAACAAAGCUUAUUGGCAGCACGACUAUGAAGAGUUGCAAAAAAAGAAACUUGAGUCUUUGGGAGACUUAAACAAGAGUGAAGAACCAGUUAAAACAAUUGUUCCAUCUAAGUGGCAUUGUAUACAUACUAUCAUACGGGGAUUUAACAGUUGUGGUGUCCUCCUGACACUUUGCAGUCUGGCUAUUCAGUUAUUCAUUCAGUACUGAAGUUUGUGAAGCGGGUUAAUAACUUUCAUAUUUCUUCAUUGGUAAUGUCUUGGAAUCCUAACUUACGUUUUUCCAUUUGAAGGUUUCAGUUUUCCUAUGUAGCUCCUUGAUGAAGACGAUAUUGAAAUAUAAUUCCCCAUUUAGUUACGUAUAUCAUACUUGAGUUAACGCCAUUGUUCAAUGGUGGUAGCGAAAUGUCAAAUAUGAGAUCUAUUGUGAGAAUUUAUUUCAGGUAUUGGUAUAUGAGCAGACAAACCGUAAAUGUAAAUCAAAUUAACGGAUUUGGGAUGAUAGUUAUCAGCCUACUCGAAGCAUGAAUCUUUUAAUGGGUUUAUAUAUAAUUCACAAAGUGACGAGUGAUAGAAUCACAUGCAUAGUAGGCUAUCAUUACAUAUGGAAAAUUAUUUACUUCAGUAAUUGAGCAUAUUAAUACAGAUGAAUGGAAUUUCUACGGGCGUGAAGUUUGUUCGAUUUAAUGUUACUACCUACUCAUCACUUCUUUCGUUCUAUGAAUAAUCAGAAACGCAGUUUUAACCCCGCCACGAAGAGUCUACUUUCAACAAAUAUGGUGAUUUUAUAAAAAUAUAUCAAUUUUCCAUUUUUUUAAUGAGUUGAUUUGUCUACGAAAAUUUAUCAUAAUAACCGAGAAGAUGCAUAUUCUAAAUGUCACUAUUGUGGAAUCUCGUACUAAUAAUUGAAUGAGUCAACUGGACCUUUAGUAUGUUAUAAAUGACAUACAUUUAGUACAAAAGUGUUAUCAUUUGUAAUAUCAUAU